AAAGGCUUUUAGAUGUAGCGCUUUGUUCCAAUUAAAUCUAAGCCAUAAUGCAGAACCGUCAUAUGAGCUAUUGUUGUUUGUAAUCGUUGAGGAUAUAUUUUCAACACUAUAACAGCUGUAUUCGUUUAUCAUGGAAGCCGGAGGACAAAGGCGAAAAUGGCAGUACUGGUGGAUUGCUUUGUGUUUCUCUUUGCUGCUGAGCUUCGCUAUGCAGGUUUCCGCUCAGAUAAAAUACACUAUUCCAGAGGAAUUAAAGGAGGGAUCGGUUGUUGGACAUAUAGCUAAAGAUUUGGGUCUUGAAAUCAGUACCUUAGUAAACAGAAGAUUCCGUAUUGUUUCUGGAUCAAAGGACGCUCUUUUCCAGGUAAAUCAAAACAAUGGCGUUUUAUAUGUCAAUGGGAAGAUUGAUAGAGAGGAACUGUGUGAUGGAAAUGGCGCAUGCUUAAUUAACCUAAAAAUGGUAGUGGAAGAGCCUUUAGAAAUACAUUAUGUCGGAGUAGAAAUAACUGACGUUAAUGACAACACACCAACAUUUUCAGAAGAGGAGCAGCAUUUUGAAAUAGCGGAACACACACCCACAGGAACACGUUUCCAAAUACAGGCUGCGCGAGAUGCUGAUACCAGAGUGAAUAAUGUCCGUACAUAUAAACUGAGUCAGAAUGAGCAUUUCGAAGUUGAGACAAAGGACAGAGACGAAGAGAAAAUACCGCUUUUAAUUUUAAAGAAAGCACUGGACCGUGAAAGCACAGCACAACACAGAUUAAUACUAACAGCAGUCGAUGGUGGAAAUCCUCCACGAUCAGGAACUCUUAAAAUUAUUGUAACAGUUCUUGAUGCUAAUGAUAAUCGCCCUGUGUUCAGCGAAGACGCUUAUUCUGUAACAGUAAAAGAAAAUGCUGCUAAAGGAACCGUAUUGUUAAGGCUGAACGCGACCGAUAUAGACGAGGGUUCAAACGGCGUUGUAGAAUACGCAUUUGGAAGAAAUAUUAAGCGUAAAGUGCAAAAUCUAUUUCAACUGAAUAGUAACACAGGAGAAAUACAAAUUAAAGGUGAACUGGACUUUGAGGAUACAGAGGUGUACAAGUUGGACGUGCAGGCAUCAGACAGAGGUCAGCCCCCAUUAGCAGCAGAAUCCGUAGUUAUCAUUAAAAUAAUAGAUGUAAAUGACAAUGCUCCUGAAAUAGACCUCACGUCUCUGUCCAGUGUCAUUUCCGAGGAUUCCAAACCUGGAACUGUCAUUUCACUAAUUAGUAUAAGCGAUAAAGAUUCAGGUAUCAAUGGAAAAAUAGUACCAACUAUUUCUGAUAAUGAUUCAUUUGAGCUGAAGCCAUCCUUUCAGGAUAAUAUGUAUUCCUUGGUAACGAAGAGAAAAUUAGACCGAGAACUUAAGUCUCAUUACGACAUCACCAUUACAGUCAGUGAUUUAGGUGUGCCUCCUUUAUCCGCCUUUAAAUCUCUAAGCGUGCAGGUGUCUGAUGUAAAUGAUAACAAUCCGGAAUUUUCUCAAGAUCCCCUUGAAUUAUAUUUAGUUGAAAAUAACGCGGCAGGAAGCUCCAUACUUUCCGUGAUCGCAUCAGAUAGAGAUUUAGAUGAAAACGCAAUGAUUACUUAUAAUAUAAUUAGAAGGGAAGGUGCGCAAAAUGAUAUGUCAUCAUUUUUAAACAUUAAUUCUGAAACAGGGGUUAUUUACGCCUUAAACCGUUUGGACUUUGAGGUAACGCAAAAGUUUCAGUUCCAAGUACUUGCUACGGAUUCUGGAACACCAUCACUUACCAGUAAUGUGACAGUGAACGUGUUUAUUCUGGAUCAGAACGACAACGUCCCAGUGAUCUUAUAUCCAGUGAGCGCUAACGGUUCUGCUGAAGGUGUGGAGGAGAUUCCCCGCAAUGUGAACGCUGGUCAUUUGGUGACUAAAAUCAGAGCAUAUGACGCAGAUAUAGGAUACAACGGCUGGUUAUUAUUUUCACUUCAGGAAGUUAGUGAUCACAGUCUAUUUGGUUUGGACCGCUAUACAGGACAGAUAAGAACCCUUCGCUCAUUCACAGAAACAGACGAGGCCCAGCAUAAACUGGUCAUACUGGUUAAAGACAAUGGGAACGUUUCUCUCUCAGCAACAGCGACUGUGAUUGUGAAAGUUGUGGAGCCCAAAGAGGCUUUUGCAGCUUCUGAUGUUACAAACGCAGUGAAAGACGAGGAGGAAAACAACGUGACGUUUUAUUUGAUCAUCACAUUGGGCUCUGUUUCAGUGCUUUUUAUAAUCAGCAUCAUCGUGUUGAUUGUGAUGCAGUGCUCUAAAUCUUCAGACUAUUCGUCCAAGUAUUUACAAGAUGCGAAUUACGACGGGACUCUGUGUCACAGCAUUCAGUACAGAUCUGGAGACAAACGGUACAUGCUAGUUGGACCCAGAAUGAGUGUCGGUUCUACUCUACCACCUGGCAGUAAUAGGAAUACUCUAGUGAUACCAGAUCGCAGGAGGAGAGAUUCUGGAGAGGUAAGAAUAGCUGAUUACUUGUGA